GCGGGCGCCGCCGUUCGCCCCUCGCAGCCCGCAGCGCAGUCGGCCUCCUCUUGCCCCGUCGCCGCCAUGAGUUACUCCAAGUCCAGCGUCUACUCCAGCUCGUACCGGCCCGUCGGGGGCUCGGUGCGAUUCGGGCCGGUGGCCAGCGCGGCCAGUGUCUACGCCGGGGCCGGCGGCUCGGGCUCGAGGAUCUCCGUCUCGCGGUCGUCCAGCCUGGGCUCCAGCUACGUCGGGGGCGGCGGCGGCUAUGGAGGCAGCGGCUUCUCGCUCUCCCUCUCGGGCUCCGGCGUGGUCCACAACGAGAAGGAGACCAUGCAGGACCUGAACGACCGCCUGGCCAGCUACCUGGAGAAGGUGCGCAGCCUGGAGACCGAGAACCGCCGGCUGGAGAUCCAGAUCCGAGAGCACCUGGAGAAGAAAGGGCCCAGCACCCGCGACUGGAGCCGCUACUUCGAGCUCAUCGAGGACCUGAAGAAUCAGAUCUUUGACCAGACAGUGGAUAACGCUCGCAUUGUCCUGCAGAUUGACAAUGCCAGGUUGGCUGCUGAUGACUUCCGUGUAAAGUUUGAGGCUGAGCUGGCCAUUCGUCAGUCUGUGGAGAGUGACAUUAAUGGCCUCCGCAAAGUCAUUGAUGAUACCAAUAUGAGCCGCCUUCAGCUGGAAGGUGACAUUGAGGCCCUCAAAGAAGAACUGAUCUUCCUGAAGAAGAACCACCAAGAUGAAGUCAAUGCGCUACAGUCCCAGAUUGCCAACUCAGGACUGACAGUAGAAGUAGAUGCUCCCAAGUCACAGGAUCUGGGCAAGAUAAUGGCUGAAAUCCGGGCACAGUAUGACACCUUGGCUCAGAAGAACCUUGAGGAUUUGGACAAGUACUGGAGCCAGCAGAUCACUGAGAGCACCGUCAUGAUCACCCAGAAUACCAAGGAGAUUGAGACCGGCCGUGCUACUGUCACUGAGUUGCGCCGCAACGUCCAAACACUGGAAAUUGAGCUGGAGUCUCUGCGCAACGUGAAAGCCAACCUGGAAGGAAACCUCCUUGAAGUGGAGAGCCGCUACGGCAUGCAGAUGGAGCACCUCAAUGGGCUAUUGCUGCGGACCGAGGCCGAACUGGCACAGAUGCGGAGCGAUGUCCAGCGCCAGGCAGAGGAAUAUCAGGCUCUGCUGAACAUCAAAGACAAGCUGGAGGCUGAGAUCAAUACCUACAGAACCCUGCUGGAGGGCGGAGAUGAGUUCAACCUGAAAGAUGCAUUACUGGAAAGCACCAUGCAAACUACUCAGAAGAUCCACACCACCAAGAUCAUCGAUGGCAAAGUGGUGUCGGAGACGAGCGAAAGCAAAGUGAUGAAGCGUUGAUCCCACCUGCUGUGUGGCAAGGAUUGCCACCCGGUGCAGCUAACGUUGCGCACCUUUUGUUCCAGAGCUGGAGGGUUCCGGGGAGGGACGGGGUGAGUCUUAAUGGAAUUCAAUAAAGAAAUGUUAUUAAAAGAA